CCUGGGCUGCGCUGCGCCUGUGCAGCGGAGCAGAGGGCCAGGGGCCAGGGGCAGCUUAGAGUGGAGAGGAGAGGGGACGAGAGGAAAGGAGGAGGAGGAGGAGGACGAGGGAGAGGGGGCGCACCAGCGAGGGACCGGGCCUCGUCCACUACUUAUCGCUGUUUGGGCUUGUGCAGCGGCUCUCCCUCCUUGGAUCUCUCUGCCGAGAGUGUGUGGGCGCUUGGGCGCACUCGACAGUUCCUCGAUCCCGGUGUUCGCGAGCGGUGAUUGUCUGAUGGUGGUGGAUUUUGCCGGGCAACAGGAUCGAUCUGCGCGUGGAAAUUUGAGGUGGCUUGAGCGAGCUCGAGCUCUCGGGCAAGGGGAGCAAAGAGGGAGGAGGGAGGAAUGCUAGUGUAGUCUAGUUUUAUGUGAAUGGUAGUGCUGCUGCUGCUGGAUGCCAGGAGGAGGAGGAAGAGGAAGGGCAGGUAGGAAGUAGAUAGAAAAGAAAGCCCGGUAGAUAGACGAGUAGAAUCAUCGAGUAGCAGCUCGUCUGGAGAAGCGGAAGAGUGAGUCCGUGAGCACUCGAGCGAGCGAGCGAUUGCAGCAGGCGAUGUAGAGGAGCAAGGGUGGUGAUUUCGGUCCCCGGAGGAGCGGAGUUUGAGUUGUUGGCAGACGGGGCCUUGCAGCUAUGGCGCCGCCUCCUCGAAAGCUCGUCGUCGAAGUCGUCAGUGCCCGCAAUCUUAUGCCCAAGGAUGGCUCGGGUUCAGCGAGCGCCUACUGCACCCUGGACUACGAUGGGAAUCGGAGGAAAACGAAUACCAAGAUGAGAGAUCUCAAUCCCACAUGGGGCCAAAAGUUCGACUUUGCCAUUUCGGACAUCAUGAAUCCAGGCGCAUUGGAAAUCAACAUCUACAAUGAGCGCAAGGGAGGCACUCGGAGGAAUAAUUUUCUGGGAAGGGUGACUAUCAAGGUAGCGGAUGUGGUCAAGCAGGGACAGGAGGCAUUGCAGUGGCUCCGGCUCGACAAGCGCGGGCUCUUUUCCCACGUCAAGGGAGAAUUAGGUCUGAAGGUGUGGUAUGAAGAUCCCAAGCCAGCGCCGCCACCACCUCAAGAGGCGAAGCCGAAGCCUCCCCCCAAAGAGGAGGCCAAGCCGCCGCCGGGUCCAGGUCCAGAAGAUAAGCCCCCCGAGCAGCCGAAGAACCUCAGCACGGUGGCCCCGGCGGAGUUCCAAAUCAGAGAUGUCGUGCAGAGAAAUCUCGGAGCGGCUGUCGAGUAUAAUCACAAUUAUGAUCUCGUUGAGCCCAUGACUUACUUGUACGUGAGGGUUGUCAAAGCUCGCAAGCUUGCUGCCAAGGAUGCCAAUGGAACGAGUGAUCCGUAUGUCAAGAUUGCAGUCGGUGACGCGAACGCCAAGAGUAAAAUCAUACCGAAGAAUCUCGACCCUGAGUGGAACCAAGUGUUCGCUUUCUCCAAGGAGAAAUUGCACGGGCCUCUUUUGGAGAUCUCUGUGUGGGAUGCGGAUAUGGUCGGACCUGAUGAUUUUUUGGGAGCUCUUUCUUUCGAGCUUGCCGAGAUUCCCACGAGAAAGCCCCCCGAGAGCCCUCUAGCGCCGCAAUGGUACAAACUAGAAGAAAGGCCUGGAAAGACGAGAGUUAAAGGAGAUAUCAUGCUCGCUCUGUGGAUGGGUACCCAGGCCGAUGAGGCAUUUCAAGAAGCCUGGCAGUCUGACACCGGCGGUCACGCCCAUUUCCGCUCCAAGGUCUACCUGUCACCAAAAUUGUGGUACUUGCGAGUCAACAUCAUCGAAGCGCAAGAUCUUCUUCCUCCGGACAAAGGUCGGCUUCCUGAGCCGUUUGUGGAGGUUCAGCUGGGGUCAUUACAGAUUCUUAGGGUUCACAAGGGCGAUGUGAAGGGCGUGAAUCCUCAGUGGAACAAGGAUUUGAUGUUCGUGGUUGCAGAGCCUUUUGAAGAGCUGUUGGUCAUUCUGGUCAAGGACCGCGUAGGGAACAAGGAGGAAAUCAUGGGGCAGGUCAAGCUACCUCUGUCACCUCAGGUCAUUCACAGGCGGAUCGACGGCCGUUCCGUUCCCUCGACGUGGCACGUGUUGGACAGCACAGACAAAAAUGUAUUCAGAGGUCGUAUUCAUUUGAGAUUAUCAUUUGAUGGAGGUUAUCAUGUGCUGGAUGAAUCUCCGGAUUUUAGCAGUUGCAAUAGACCGACUGCAAAACAAUUGUGGAAAGCUUCACUCGGAGUCUUGGAGUUGGGUAUCAUCGGAGCAAACAACUUGCUGCCCAUGCACAAUGGCACCGGAGGAAGAGGAAAUACCGACGCCUACUGCGUCGCAAAGUACGGUCAAAAGUGGGUGAGAACACGGACGAUUACUGAGAGUUUCAACCCCAAAUGGAACGAGCAAUAUACUUGGGAGGUUUACGAUCCAUGCACCGUGCUCACUGUGGGUGUGUUCGACAAUCGGCAUGUGAACAACGGGGUUGCCCAAAAAGCUGCGGGUGUCAAAGAUACCCCAAUCGGGAAAAUUCGAAUUCGUCUGUCUACUCUGGAAAGUGAUCGAGUGUACACUAACGCUUACCCCCUGCUCGUCGUCACGGCCUCUGGCAUCAAGAAGAUGGGGGAGCUGGAGUGCUCCGUUCGGUUUUCGUGUAUAUCCACCGUGAAUUGCAUGCAAGCGUACUUGCAGCCUCCUCUUCCACGAAUGCAUUACUUCCAUCCUCUGGAGUUGGGUGAUGUUGAGAACUUGCGAAUUGCGGCCAUGAACCUCGUGGCAUCCCGACUGGCCCGCUCAGAGCCUCCUCUUCGACAAGAGGUCGUGCAAUUCAUGUUGGACACUGAGUCUCAUCGGUGGAGCAUGCGGCGAAGUAAAGCUAAUUAUUUCCGAAUUGCGAACGUGUUGCAUGGUGUUUUCGCCGUUGCAAAAUGGUUCGAAGAUAUCUGCCGAUGGAAGAAUCCUGUAACGACGGUCCUGGUUCACAUCCUGUACCUCAUCCUGGUGUGGUACCCCGAGUUGAUGCUCCCCACCGUCUUCCUCUACAUGUUCCUGAUCGGGGCUUGGAACUACAGACUUCGCUCGCGCUCGCCGCCGUUCAUGGACUCCAAGCUAUCACAGGGAGGGGAGGAGCCCAUCAGGGAUCUUGACGAGCUCGAGGAAGAAUUCAACGUAGUCACAGGAAACAAGACGGAGCAGGUUCUCAAGCAAAGAUACGAGAGGUUACGAGGUUUUGCCGGUAGAAUACAAAACUUCCUGGGGAGUGCAGCGACUCAAGGAGAAAGACUACAAGCGCUUCUGAGCUGGAGAGAUCCCAGGGCGACAUCGAUAUUUGUGACGUUUUGCCUGGUGGCAGCCAUCGUGCUGUAUGUGACUCCAUUCCGGGUGGUGGCCGUGCUGCUGGGAGUGUACGUCUUGCGACACCCGAAAUUCCGAGACCCGCUGCCAGCCGUUCCCUUGAACUUCUUCCGGAGACUUCCGUCGCUGUCUGACCGUAUUCUUUGAGCGGUGGAAGGACCCCCUAAUUUUUUUCAUGGAGGAACUGCUACACACAGUACUACAAGUAACCAUAAGCCCGCCUUUGGUGAUCACCAUAUACCGGCAAGGCUAGCAGCAUGUGAAUGAAUCCGAGCCGAGAGAAAAUGUGUACUGAGGUGGAGCCGUUCGUUCUGCGAUGGUGACGGAUGGGCAUACAUGCAUCUGUCCUCCAGUCUCUCCCCCUCCCCCUCCCUCUCCCCAUUUUGAUUCUCAAUUUCUAAGACUUCACUACGAAUGUGCGUCGGGGAGUGGAUUGAAAGAGCUCGUUCCAGGGACCUGUGUACAGUUGGUUCGCACACUGGUGCCACAUUUUGGCCUAUCCUUCCGCUGCGAUUGACUCUGCCGGUCUAGUCCGGUUGGAGUCACUGGUGACUGACUGACGACGACGACAAGCCUGUUAUUCUUUCCUGGGCUUUGGAGUCCACCGAGUUUUACUGAGAGUGUAUUAGACACUCCUCACCUGUCAAAAUCUGCAUUUUGUGAAUAAUUUAUCCUGAUGUCAAUGGUUGGGACGCACAUCCCUUGCAUUGAUAGGAUGCAUGGAUCAUGUGAAGUUUGUGGGUAGUUCAAAGUUUUGAUUGGUAAAACCCUUCAUUCAGCGAGUUGGGGUCCGGGCUGAACUUCUAGAUUUUUGGAACACUCGGCUCACGGAUGAAGCGAACGGCAAGAGAAAUUGCUGGUCUGGAGGAGUUUACAUCUUAUCGAUGAAUACGCAGCAAGAUAGAGAUUGUAGGACUAGAUUUAGCUUCACGCAAAGUUGAGCUGGCGAGCUUCCAAAGAAGCCUCACGAGGAUGUAUUUUGAGACCUUGUAAUAAUAUUUUAUCUCGUCGGUGCAUCACCUUGUCGCUUGUCUGUCUGGUCUGU